UUUGGCCGGACAACUGGCGGACCUUUCGUUUCCACCAGUUAUGAUUAUGAUGCACCCAUUGAUGAGUAUGGAAUUAUUAGACAACCCAAAUGGGGCCAUCUUAAAGAUUUGCAUAAGGCCAUAAAGCUUUGUGAAGAAGCAUUGAUAGCAACAGAUCCAACCAUUUCAUCUCCUGGUCCAAAUCUAGAGACUGCAGUUUACAAGACAGGAAAUGUAUGCGUCGCCUUCCUUGCUAACACUGGUAUGACUGAUUCAACGGUAACUUUUAACGGCAAUUCAUAUCAUUUGCCUGCUUGGUCUGUGAGCAUCUUACCAGAUUGCAGAAGUGUUAUUCAUAAUACUGCAAAGAUUAAUUCCGUGUCUAUGACUUCAAGGUUCGCAACUGAAUCUUUAAAAGAAGAGGUUGAUUCUUUGGACAGUUCAAGUUCGAAAUGGAGUUGGAUUAGUGAGCCGGUCGGUAUUUCAAAGACUGAUGCAUUCUCAAAAUAUGGACUACACGAGCAAAUAAACACGACGGCCGAUAGAAGUGACUACUUGUGGUACUCAUUGAGCAUUGUUGUUGAAGAUAAUGCUGGUGCUCAACCUGUUCUUCACAUUAAAUCCCUUGGUCAUGCCCUUCAUACUUUUAUAAAUGGAAAAUAUGCAGGUAGUGGAACAGGAAACAAAGAAAAGGCUAAGGUAAAGGUGGACAUCCCUAUUACACUUGUAGCUGGAAAGAACACAAUUGAUCUCCUGAGUUUAACAGUGGGAUUACAGAACUAUGGAGCAUUUUAUGACAGAGUGGGUGCGGGGAUCACUGGUCCGGUAAUAUUGAAAGGUUUAAAAAAUGGCAGUACCGUCGAUCUCUCGUCUAAGCUGUGGACAUAUCAGGUUGGACUUCAAGGUGGACAAUGGAAUUCACAAUCCACCUUACCUACAAAUCAACCUUUGACUUGGUACAAGACGGAAUUUGUUGCUCCUUCUGGAAGUAACCCGGUUGCAAUUGACUUCACGGGGAUGGGAAAAGGCGAAGCUUGGGUGAACGGACAGAGCAUUGGACGAUACUGGCCAACAUACAUUGCUUCAAAAUCUGGUUGUACUGACUCAUGUGAUUAUAGAGGAUCCUAUAAUUCAUCCAAAUGUCUCAAAAACUGUGGAAAACCAUCACAGACAUUAUAUCAUGUACCGCGGUUGUGGUUGCGAUCAGACAGCAACAUUCUUGUAUUGUUUGAGGAAGACGGAGGCGACCCUAGAAAAAUAUCAUUUGGUACAAAACAGAUAGAAAGUGUGUGUUCACAUGUAUCUGAAUCUCACCCUCCACCUAUAGACACAUGGAAUUCGGAUACUGAAUCAAGAACAAAGGUUGGCCCCGUACUGUCAUUGGAGUGCCCUUAUCCUAAUCAGGUUAUCUCUUCUAUUAAAUUUGCAAGCUUUGGAACUCCUCAUGGAACAUGCGGAAACUUCAACCACGGACGCUGCAGCAGCAAUACGGCGCUAUCCGUAGUACAAAAGGCCUGCAUUGGAUCAAGCAGUUGUAAUAUUGGAGUAUCAAAUAAUACAUUUGGAAAUCCAUGCAGUGGAGUAAUAAAGAGUUUAGCUGUUGAAGCUGCUUGUACAUAG